AUGGAUCCAGAGAUCGAAGUCCAGGAGCAAAAUCCUUUAGAGCUGGAUUUAGAAGAGAUUACUAAAAGACUUUUAUUUCUUGACCAAUGGAGGGGGGUCUUCAGGUAUUAUAGGUUGGGAAACAGUCUCACAACUCCUCAGAAUCACGAUGGCAGCCACAUAUCCGCUGAGGAGACUGGAGAAGGAUCCGGAAUGCUUCCGCCCCAGGGACAGGAGCAGUCGCCAUCCAGUACUGUCUGUUCUAUUCCGAGACUCCCCGGCAACUCUUCAAAACUGCAUGGUUUUCCUAUCUCCCCGGCAAUGGCCACAAUGUUGCAAAGAAGCCUCUUUGGAAAUACGAACCAAGUCCUCGGCGGUGACUGGAGAAAGGCACAUUUCAAGUUCCACGAUCCCUUCUCUGAUCUGGCUUUUGCUUUACAAGUCGAAAAGGGAGGUGCCCAGAGCAUCCAGAUGGCCGUACAAGGAUCUAUCAUCAAAUACUUACUGUUUACAAGGGAGGGGAAAGACUGCAGCCUUCACAGCUUAUGUAACCUGAGCCAGCGUGAGCAGGAGCAGGCCCUAGCUGCGGUGCUGGCUGGCAUCCUAUGGACUGCAGGAGCAGCUCAGAAAGCCAUCAUCUGUUUUGUCACCAAAGACAUCCAGAGCGCUUCGACUCUGGACUACUCCAGCGACAAUUUCAUUGAGAGGCUCCAGCUGUUUGAAUUCUCAGAGAAAGAAGCCACUGAGAAAUUCAUCUAUGAUCAUUUACAAUGUUUCAAAGGAGAAGGAAGCCAUGGUGUCAUCCUCUUCCUCUACAGCUUGGUCCUCUCCAGAACACUUGAGAGGCUUCAGAAGGAUCUGGAUGCCACCACCACUCAUCUCUUGCGAUCUCAAGCUGGAGGCGUCUUGUGCAGGCAGGCAGUUCUAAACUUGAUUUUGACUGGGAGAGCAAGUCCAAAUGUCUUCAAUGGCUAUGAGGAAGGAAGAAGGUCUGAGGAAUCAUUGCAUGGGGUCCUGGCCCGAAGUGACGUUGGCUACUUACAGUGGAGUAGGGACACUUCUGAGGGUGACCAAGUCUCACAGGUGGGCAGCAUGCUGAAGACCCCUACAUUUCCUAUCUGGCUGUGCAACGUCAACGGAAAUUACAGCAUCCUUUUCUGCACAAAUAGGCAGCUCUUAUCAGACUGGAAAAUGGAGCGUGUCUUUGAUCUGCACUUUUACAGUGGCCAGCCCUCCCAGAAAAAGCCUGUACAUCUUACAAUAGAUACCCACUCCCACCACUGGGAAGGGGAGCACCGUGAAGAUAAACAUGGAUCAGGAAGACGGUUUUCUUCACUGGAAAUGGCAAUCAGAACCAAAUGGAGAGAGGCUACCAUCAACUGGAAUGGAGCUAUUCCCUUCUUCUAA